AUGGAUAAAAGAUGGAGUCUUCAAGGUAUGACUGCUCUUGUAACCGGUGGAGCAAGAGGAAUCGGGUAUGCCAUAGUAGAGGAGUUAGCUGGUUUUGGAGCUAGAGUCCAUGUUUGUGACAUCUCUGAAACUCUGCUUAAUCAAAGUCUAAGCGAAUGGGAAAAGAAAGGGUUUCAAGUGAGUGUCUCAGUCUGUGAUGUAACAUCUCGUCCUGAGAGAGAGAAAGUUAUGCAAACUGUCUCUUCAUUGUUCGAUGGCAGACUCAACAUUUUCGUGAACAAUGUUGGCUCAAUUCGCGGAAAGCCAACAACAGAAUAUGUGGCUGAUGAUUUUGCUUUCCACAUCUCAACAAACUUGGAAUCUGCUUACCAUUUUUGCCAGCUUUCACAUCCUUUGAUGAAGGCUUCUGGAUAUGGAAGCAUUGUUCUCAUGUCUUCUGUUGCAGGGAUUGUAUCAUUUAACACUGGAUCCCUUUACAGUCUAACAAAAGGAGCUUUGAAUCAGCUAGCAAGAAAUUUGGCAUGUGAAUGGGCAAAAGACGGCAUAAGAGCCAACGCUGUUGCACCUAAUAUUGUCAAGACUCCUCUGUCUCAACCUUAUCUUGAUGACAUCAGUUUCAAGGAGGGAUUGUUCGGUAGGACGCCACUUGGUCGUGCUGGAGAGCCGAAUGAAGUUGCAUCACUAGUGGUCUUUUUGUGUCUACCUGCAGCUUCUUAUAUUACUGGUCAAACUAUUUGUGUUGAUGGAGGUCUCACUGUUAAUGGUUUCUCUUAUCAACCACCACAAGCUUGA